AUGAGGAAUGUGGAUGGCUUUGUUUAUUCUGUUAUUAUUAAAGAUUCAAGUUACAAAGUAGAGGAUUUUCUUGAGGUUGAAGGGCCUGUGGAAUAUAUGAUGUUUUCUCCCAGUUACAAAAUGUUACUGAUUCAAACAGACCAGGGAUCUGUUUAUAUUUACACUUUUGCUGAGGAGCCAACAUUUGAAAGAGUCCUAGAAUCUUGUGAUGGGAAAUUUCAGGCGAUUGAUUUGAUCACACCUGGUAAUGAAUACUGCAUGACGCUCACACAUUCAGGAGAAAUUAGUGUUUGGUGUAUAGAAGAUGGUGCUUGUGUUAGCAGGGUUUAUCUGAAUACCCCAGCAACAGCUCUGGCUUGUUCUCCCUCCUCCCUCUCUGCAGCCGUGGGGACUGUGGAUGGCUCUGUCCAUUUCCUCGAUGUCCGAGAUGCCGAGUCCCCGCAGGCAGUUCACAAAGCCUUUCUCUCCGAAAUGUCCGUGCAGCACCUCCUUUAUGACCAGCGAGGAAUGUAUCUAUUAGUUGGAACACUGGAAGGAUACAUCUUUGUUAUCAAUGCCAACCCCUCAAGCUUAUUUCAGAUUCUUGGAUUCAUAGAGGUGAACAAAGGCAUUUUACAAAUUUCCACGGUGUCUCUUUUGGAAACAGACAUAGUGGAAGUGAUGGUUCUUUCCCCACUUCCAGAAACAGGAAGAAGCAGGCUGGAGAUAUUUACUCUGCCUAAAAUACUACCACACGUUUCUGCAAACUUUUCUGAUGAAAGAGGAAGGCUGAAUGAUGAAUUCAUUCAUAAGAUCCUGUAUGAGAUAGAGCAUACUCUGUCCUCUGCGGUGUUGGACUUUAAAAGUAACCAAAUAUAUGGCUUCUGUAAUCAAGUGCCAUACAUCUGCAGCUAUCUUCUUCCUGAAAAAGCACAUAGUGGUAUUUGCAUUCUUAAGCUGUACAAAAAAGUGCAGAGUGGACAUUAUGGACCUGGAAUGCUCUCUUUGUCUCCACAUGGAUUGUGGCUCAUAACAACAGCUAAAUGUGGCAUUCUGUGUAUCCGAGAUAUUCAUACUUUGGAAACAUUUGCUCAGUGUCGGAGUCAUUCUCACCAGGCACACGGGAUUCAAUCAGUGAGAAUUUCAAUGGAUGGACAAAACAUUCUGGUGAAUGGGAAAGGUGAUGGCACCCUUGUUUACCUAAGAUGGAGGCAGUUUGGAGGAAACUGAGCCAAUGAAAUUCCUGAAUAUUGCCAACAACUUUUAACUUAUUUAAACAACACCAUGGAUGAGGAGAAUAAUUAUUUAAAUAUAACCCGAGGAGAUGGCUCGGAUUUGGGAUCAGAAUCUGAACACACAAUAAAUAAGAAUAUGAGGUCAAGCAUUGACUCAUCGCAAGAAGAGUUAGUUCAAGUUGAUAAUACAAAGAAAAUUUCAUGGAUACAACAAAAAGGCCAAGAGGCCAUCAAAAAGGAGGUCAAAUUGUUUUCUGAGAAAAGGAAAGAGAUUAAAAAAGGAAUCAAAGCCCUUGCUAAAACUGUAAGUGUUGUGAUUUCAUAUAUGCAUACAUUUCGUCCUCAGGCUACAAUUACUUUUGAACUUUAUUUUGUUCAACACAGCAUGAGGAACUAUACCUAUUUUGUCCUCUGCCUGUAAGCUCAGUGUUCUGGGGUACUUAACAGGGUAGAAUUUGGG